UUUCAGCACACGCCGUUCUUCCCAUGUUCGACUUCCUCAAGCGGCCGACGCUUGAAGAUGAGCUCUUCAAGAUGCGCUUCACGGCCAAGUCCCUCGUGCGAAACGCAAAGAAGUGCGAGAAGAACCAGAUCGCUCAGAAGCUCAAGUUAAAGCAGGCUAUCGAAAAGGGAAACAUGGAAGGAGCCAAGAUUUACGCCCAGAACGCAAUCAGGGAAAAGAACCAGGCACUGAACUACCUUCAGUUGAGCUCUCGAAUCGAUGCUGUCGCGGCACGUGUGCAGACUGCAAUCAGUAUGGGAAACCUGAAGUCGAAUAUGGCGGGUGUGGUCAAGGGCAUGAACGUCGUCAUGGAUUCGAUGAACGUCGAAAAGAUCUCCAAGACAAUGGACCAGUUCGAGCGACAGUUUGAAGAUCUCGACGUUCGUGCAGCGUACAUGGAAGGGGCGAUGAACAGUACGACUGCGGGUGCAACCCCUGCCGAUCAAGUCGACGAUUUGAUUCAGAUGGUGGCUGACGAGAAUGGACUGGUCAUCGCUGGCCAACUGGACUCUGCAGGAGCAGUUGGGUCCCACGUCGCGGUACCAGCGCCAGCACCGCAGGCAACGGACGACUUGACGGCGCGCUUGGCGGCAUUACGGAAGGUUUAAACCAUUCCAAUGCAUACAAAGACAUUAUCAAAGUCGGUGGUUAUCCAUCAGACCUGCCUAAUUGACCUCCGCCAUCACGAUCGCGUUGCACGACGUGUACUCUGCUCCCUCUAAUGUUUCAGCAUCAUGGCAGUUAUGCCUUGACCGCAUUGAUCGCAUGGAGAGUCUAGACCAAGUGGUGGCGAGGUCGGCGGGAGUUGCAUGACUGAUUCAAAUCGAGGUUCCAUCCAA